CACGCGCUUCCUGACAGUGACGCGAGCCGCCUCCUCCCCUUCCCCACGCUGGAGGAGGGGGGCGCGGGGGCCCGGCUCGAGAGAGGACCAAUCGGAGCGCACUUCCGUAGCUGACAAUAGCCGUAUAAAGGCGUGUGGCUCAGGCUGAGCUGCCGGGACCUUGAGCGCGGCCAGGCCAGCAUCGGAAUCAGCGGGGAUCGGGGAGCAGGGGGAAGCGACACCAGGAAAGCGAGCGCACCAGACAGGGCAGAAGGGCUCGAGAAGCCGCACGGAGCUUCCGUGUACAGCCGCCGGCUGGCCUCUCCCUGCCGGUGCCAGCUCCUGGGAUCGCGCGUCCAGAUACCUGGUCCAGCCACUACCGUCGCAGACAGAGCGCCGCUCGCCGCAGCGAGGCCCGGGGCGGCCCCGCAGGGACCCCCCCAGACCGCCUGGGCCGCCCGGAUGUGCACUAAAAUGGAACAGCCCUUCUACCACGACGACUCAUACGCAGCAGCGGGAUACGGCCGGGCUCCGGGCGGCCUUUCUCUACACGACUACAAACUCCUGAAACCCAGCCUGGCGCUCAACCUGGCCGACCCCUACCGAAGUCUCAAAGCACCCGGGGCGCGGGGCCCGGGACCAGAGGGCAGCGGUGGCAGCAGCUACUUUUCCGGCCAGGGUUCGGACACAGGCGCAUCGCUCAAGCUUGCCUCAUCGGAGCUGGAGCGCCUGAUCGUCCCCAACAGCAACGGAGUGAUCACGACGACACCCACGCCUCCGGGACAGUACUUUUACCCCCGCGGGGGAGGCAGCAGCGGAGGUGCGGGGGGCGCCGGGGGCGGUGUUACCGAGGAGCAGGAGGGCUUCGCCGACGGCUUUGUCAAAGCCUUGGACGACCUGCACAAGAUGAACCACGUGACGCCCCCCAACGUGUCCCUGGGCGCCAGCUCGGGGCCCCCGGCUGGGCCCGGGGGCGUCUACGCCGGCCCGGAGCCUCCUCCAGUCUACACCAACCUCAGCAGCUAUUCCCCAGCCUCUGCGCCCUCUGGAGGCGCCGGGGCCGCCGUCGGGACUGGGAGCUCGUACCCGACGGCCACCAUCAGCUACCUCCCACACGCACCACCCUUCGCUGGCGGCCACCCGGCGCAACUGGGCCUGGGCCGAGCAGCCUCUACCUUCAAGGAGGAACCGCAGACGGUGCCUGAGGCGCGCAGCCGCGACGCCACGCCACCGGUGUCCCCCAUCAAUAUGGAAGACCAGGAGCGCAUCAAAGUGGAGCGCAAGCGGCUGCGGAACCGGCUGGCGGCCACCAAGUGCCGGAAGCGGAAGCUGGAGCGCAUCGCGCGCCUGGAGGACAAGGUGAAGACACUCAAGGCCGAGAACGCGGGGCUGUCGAGCACUGCUGGGCUCCUCCGGGAGCAGGUGGCCCAGCUCAAACAGAAGGUCAUGACCCACGUCAGCAACGGCUGCCAGCUGCUGCUCGGGGUCAAGGGACACGCCUUCUGAGCGUCCCCCGUACGGACAUUCCCCCAGUCUGGACGACUGGGCGCACGCCUCCCAAGGGGCGAGGGGGCAGGCGGUGGGCACCGGCCCCCGCGGCACCGCAAACCACACUGGACUCCUGCCCGCCCGCUCUGCGCCCGGUCCUUCCACCUCGACGUUUACAAGCCCCCUUCCACGUUUUUUUGUAUGUUUUUUUUUUUUUUUUUUUUCUGCUGGAAACAGACUCGAUUCAUAUUGAAUAUAAUAUAUUUGUGUAUUUAACAGGGAGGGGAGGAGGGGGCGAUCGCGGCGGAGCUGGCCCCGCCGCCCGGUACUCAAGCCCGCGGGGACACUGGGGAAGGGACCCCCGCCCCCUGCCCUCCCCCUCUGCACCGUACUGUGGAUAAGAAACACGCACUUGGUCUCUAAAGAGUUUAUUUUAAGAUGUGUUUGUGUGUGUGUGUGUUUGUUGUUCCGACUUUUUAUUGAAUCUAUUUAAGUAAAAAAAAAAAUGGUUCUUUAUUAA